CGAGCCGGCGGCGGCGCGGAGCAGGUGCUGACGAAGCCCGCGCAUGCCGCUGCCCGGCCCAAGGCGGUAGCGGCGCCGGGCGCUCCGCCCGCCCCCUCCUCCGGGCCUCACUCGGUCUCCGGCGCGCACGGGGACAUGUCGGUGGCGACGGGCAGCAGUGAGGCGGCCGGUGGGGCCGCCGGCGGCGGCGGCGCGCGGGUUUUCUUCCAGAGCCCCCGGGGCGGCGCCGGCGGCAGCCCAGGCUCGAGCAGCGGUUCGGGCUCCUCCCGGGAGGACUCGGCGCCCGUGGCCACGGCGUCCGCUGCCGGGCACGUUCAGCAGCAGCAGCGGCGCCACCAGCAGGGAAAAGUGACAGUGAAAUACGAUCGCAAAGAGCUUCGGAAGCGGCUCGUGCUAGAGGAGUGGAUCGUGGAGCAGCUGGGACAGCUUUACGGCUGCGAGGAAGAAGAAAUGCCGGAUGUGGAAAUUGACAUUGACGAUCUUCUUGAUGCAGACAGUGAAGAAGAGAGAGCUUUAAAAUUACGAGAAGCUCUCGUAGACUGCUACAAACCAACAGAGGUGAAAGCCACUGAUCUAGAUGCUGGUGAUGCCCAUAUUUAUGUCUUCAGCCAUGAGCUGAGACCUGAAGUUACAUUUAUCUGACUUCUUGACACUUACCCUCAGGAAUUUAUCAAGGAGCUGCUCUCCCGGAUAAGAGGCAUGAGGAAACUGAGCCCCCCACAGAAGAAGACUGUAUAAUUCCGGACGAGGUGGAGCUCUCCUGGAGACCCAAGAAGGGAUUUCGACUUCACGAAGACUUUUAUUAAAGAAUAGUUGUCCUUAUGAGCAACUUUUUUGGGGGUAGGGAGGGGUGGUAUCUAUUCGACAUUUAUUCAGGAAUGUUACUUUUUUUGUUGUUGUUUUUAAAGGUUUUGAUGGUGUAAUAUUUUAAUAGCAAAGACAUCACCACUCUGGUUUCAGCCCACCAGGGAUUGACAAACCAGGCAGACACGCAGGGCUGGGCUGGGCCAGGCAUCUUCUUGGAGAAACCAGAUGUUUAGGACCUACCUAUACAGGGAUGAUGGUUUUCUUAGACUUUUUUCUGAAGUUGUACAUUUGACUCAGAAGUUGAAUUUCUCGUGCUUGUAUAUAUCUUCAGGCAACUAAGUUAACAUGUUGAUGUGAGUUUUAUUUCACAUUGAUGGAAUACACUGGCGGUCGCCCUUUCAUUGGAGGUCACGGCACGUACGUUGUCACGAGGCCACUAGGUAUUCUUCACGUGAGCGCUGGAGACCUACAACAUUCACUUUAUGCAUCAAAGUGAAAGCAUUCAGUGUAUCCGUUAUUUUAAUGAGCUACACUACAACCGUGUGGAGUUGGUCAAGGGCUUAAUUUAUGGACUUUGUAUCAUUUUGUUAAUCGGAUGCUUUGCCAGGUUAUGUACUUAUUGCCUCCUUUGUGGUAUUAUUCGAGUUUUCUGAACCCUUUCUUUGAAUGUUUAUUCAGAUUUCUAGAGAAAUGCCCACGCUACCUGAGUGGUGUUUUGCAGUGGAACGAGGAAGCGCCGUGUAGCGAUUCAUCCUCUGCUUUCAACCAAAUACUAGGUAUUAUUCUCUCUCCAUGAAAGCAGGUCGUAAGGAAGUGAGCAGAUUAAGUUUCUUCCUCCUUAGAAGUAGUUCUGGUCACUUCGGUGCCCGGGCAGCAUCAGACCAGGGUGGGGUGAGCUGAGUGAUGAGCAGGUGUAAAAGAGAGAAAGCCUCACCUCCUCUCAAGAAGGUGGAUACAGGAGCAUUUGCUGGUUUGGAAGCAUGGUGGAGAUUUCAUUUCUGGCUUCUCUCAGUGGCGUGUGGUGAGGACUCUGGCCCUAGUUGUGCACCCUGAUCCCUUUGCUUGGAGCGGAGCCUGGGAUGCCUACCCUGCCCCUCUCAGUUCUAUACCAGAUCCUUGGAGAAGGAUCAAAAUGCAGAUGGCUGUGGGCGGGGUCAAAGAUCAGAGGAGAAACUCUUGCUUUCCUCCAGGAGGUCCCCACUGCUUGGAGAAGGAUCAAAAUGCAGAUGGAUGUGGGCGGGGUCAAAGGUCAGAGGAGAAACUCUUGCUUUCCUCCAGGAGGUCCCCACUGCCUCCCCACAGAAACCCCCCAUACUGUAAGGUGUCUCUAGGUGACCCUGUCAGAGGACAGGGGUCAGGCAUUUUAUAUCAAGGGUGCUCUGAACAUAUUUUAUUUUUUAAAAGAACUAUGUUUGUGAAUUUUAUGUACACUGGCAAGCUUUUGAAAAUGUAUUUAAUUUUGUAAUGUUUACCAAUGAUUUAUUUACAAGCUAUUUACGCAAAUAAAUGAAGCUGCUUACAA